AUGGCCUUUUUUGUUCCAGCGAGCGCCGAUCAUAAGUUUGCCCCGCUGUGCGAAUCCUCGCAUCGCACGGAUGCCGUGAGCUUCAGCACCGGUAGCGCACCACGCCGCCGUGAUGAUCACAACCCGCCACCAUGCGUCGGCGGCCAUUUUGAACCGGGAACGGAGGCGUCUGUCGGCACGGGAUGGCCGUCAGCGGGCUGCAAGCGCGCGCUCGCCCUA